UCCUUCCUCUUCCCAUGCAAGCGGUAGAAGUGCUCUGCUCCUCAGCAGCAGCAUACGCCGAUCUGGCACAGGAAUGAGCGAUGAACUGAGCGGGGAUUCGGUCUCCUCCUUCCGCCGCCGCGGUGGCCGCGGGCGCAGCAGUGCAUUGUGGAGGCAGAGCGCGCAGCGGUGGCUGGAGCUGCGGCCCGGGAUCGCGCGGCGGGGAGCUGUCCGAGGUGCUGACCGUCCCGCCCGCGGCCCGCCGGCGCCCUGCGCGUCCACCUGCACCCGACCCCGCCAAGUCCUGGCCUUCCUCCUACCCAUCGUCUGCCUGUCUUUCUCUCUUAACCCAGGAGCUGAAGGAAAUCAUGGUGUUCGCCCCAGGUGAGACGCCUGGAAGUGAGCCUGAGGAGGUGAAGCUGCAGAAUGCCAGCAAGCAGAUCGUGCGCAAUGCCAUCCUGCAAGCUGUGCGGCAAGUCUCCCAGGAGAGUCGGCCCCGGAGAGACAAGAGCAGCGACGGCCGGGGUGGCUGCCAGCUGGGUGUGCAGGAGUUAACCAAGAAGCACGAAAAGAAGUAACAGGGUGGUGGGUUUGGCUCUUGUCGUAUGCUUGGUCUCUAGCCUUCCUGUUAGCAUAGGAUGCGUCGCCAAAAUGUCGCCAAUAAGCAAACCAACCUGUGUUCUGGACACCUAGCCGUAGAAUGAAUAUGCGCUAGCCCCUGGCUGAGAAGCAGUGUGUUCAAAAGUGCGUCAGAUGAUUCUGUUCAUAUUCAUACAGUGCCUCUGAAGCACAGUGGGGCCAAACAGGACACUAAUUGCAAAGGUAGUUUUGCAGCACAAUUUGUUUUUAAAGUUCUUUUUUUUUUUUUACGAAAAAGAUUUCUAAGUCUUGUUUAUUUAAUUCUGCCUUUUAUGCAUUCUUUCUGUGAAUUCAACCAGCAGUCUUUUUUUUUUUUAUUAUGAAAUACUGAAUACAGUUCUGUGUUCUUUAUAAAUAUUUUUAAAAGACCUGGAAAAUUGAAGAAAUGAAGUUUUAGUCCCUUUCAAAUACUUCUAUGAAAUGAGUUCAGGUCCAAGAUCAAAUUAAGCAAAGGCAAAUUCUAAGAGUUUAGGAGCUUAGUAAAGCACGCAUUUCUAUUAUAUUUAAAAAGAGAGGAAUUUAGGCCUUUUAAGAACUCACUCUUUUAAUCUCAAUUCUCUGAAUUGUUUCAUAGUUGACAUUUACCUUCCGGGCAGAAAUCCACUGGGAAUAUUGUGGGUUUCCUUUCCCAUCUCAAGAUUAAAUAAAAUAAGACAGGUGAAUCCACAUGCAUGAGCCACUGCCUUCUUGAUUCUUCAGCAGUUCAGUGGAGAAGAACUGCAGCUACUAAUCCCUAAACUGCUGCUCAUCCUGGACAUACUCAGCCUUUGGUCUGAUUAUGGACUGAAGCAUCCUUGGAAGGAACCGUGGGGCCUUAUAAAAACUGUGUCAUAUCAGGCUAUGCAUCUUCAUUAAUACCUAGCCACAGAAACUUUCUGUUUCUCAUGCACAAAUUAGAAUUGCUUUUGGAGAUUAUAAAAAUCAUACGGAUCAGUAAUGAAUAGCACUUAAAAUGGGAAAGCCAGAUUUUCAAUUCUCUGAAGUUUGUGAAUACAGGAGGAAGCAUACGGAGACAGUAUUAUGAAGGCAUUUACAGGAAUAUGUGUGUGUGUGUGUGUGUGUGUGUGAAUAUGUGUCAACUGAGUCAGCUCUCUUUGAACAGAAUGACUUCCUGCUCCACCCCUGUGUGGAUAGUGCCCAUCUUUAUGGAGUCUGAGAAUCUCAUUUCCUGUGCUUUACAAAAGUUACAGAGAUGGUGCUAUUGGGGACAGAAGAAGUAUUUGACCUUUGUUAAAAACCUUCAGGCUUCAGAGUAUCAGUGUCUAUAUUUGAUAAUUCUUUUUUAAAAAGCAAAGUAUUGGCACAUAAAAUGUGAAUAAUGUUAAGAUACACUUCUAUAAUUUCAGUAUGUUACACUUUCCAGAUGGAUACUAUGGAUAAUAGAAGAUAAAAGAAAACAAUCUUUUUAUCAAUUGUGUUAGACUGUUUCCCAUGGGGCACAGAUGGAAUAAACUAAUUCAGGGAGAGAAGAGAUGUGGAGGGGAAGCAAAGGAAGUUAAAUUUAAGUAUUGUUUAUCCCUAAAUAUCUUUUUAGCAGAACUCAUGACAAUUGAAGAAUAAGUUUAAGUUAGUCUAAAGGCACAUUAUAAAUGAUGUGAUACAUUUUCAUAGUGUAGAUAGUGGAAAUGAAAGUGUUCAGGGAAAUUAUUCACGUUUGCCCACAAACAAGAAACAAACCCAAUGCUUGUAGUUUGCAACUUAUCUGGCACUAUAUCUACUAAGAUGUCUGAAUAUAACCAGCCUUGUGUUUUUCUGUCACAUUACAGGAGCAUAAAAACAUGUUACUGUUCCUCUUUGAUGUGUCUGUACUAAUAAACUGGGAACCUUUGGAAACAUAUUAUUAACCUCUGUAUAAAAAUAUUAUUUAUAAAUAAACUAUAACCAGC